AUUUAAUAAAAGUAAAUAAAAUAACAAAAUUAUAUUUUAGCAAAAAAAAGUAAACAUUUAACAAAAAAAAAUGCAGGAAAAUUCUCGAAUUUCUUCGAAGUAAGAAGCGUGGUGCGCAACGGGAAUCUUCAGAAACUGUUCAAAAAUGGUAGAACGUUUUUUGAUCGUAACUUUGUUGCUUAGCCUCAUCUCAUUUUCUUCAACAGUUUUCGCUUCUUCUCCACCAUGCUCCUCCAUCAGUAUCACUGGGUUGCCGCUGGUGAGAAAUAUCAGCGAGAUUCCUCAGGAUAACUACGGUAGAGCAGGUCUCUCUCACAUAACUGUUGCAGGUUCAAUCUUGCAUGGAAUGAAUGAGGUUGAAGUAUGGCUUCAAACAUUUUCACCAGGAACGCACACCCCGAUUCAUAGACAUUCUUGUGAAGAAGUUUUUAUUGUUCUCAAAGGCAGUGGCACUCUUUAUAUUGCAUCAAAUUCACAUAUGAAAUACCCCGGAAAUCCGGAGGAGCACUUUAUCUUUCCAAAUAGCACAUUUCAUAUUCCUGUUAAUGAUGCUCAUCAGCUUUGGAACACCAAUGAGCAUGAGGAUUUACAAGUUCUAGUUAUAAUAUCUCGUCCACCAGUUAAAGUGUUUACAUAUGAUGACUGGUCCAUGCCUCAUAAUGCGGCGAAGUUGAAAUUCCCCUACUAUUGGGAUGAGCAGUGUUCUCAAGAACCAUUGAAAGAUGAACUAUGAUUACAGUCAAGGUUUUUGCACUUAACACAUAUUUUAUUAUAGAGAUUUUCUAUUGCUGUAAAGCUUUCUUAAUAUCAAUAUCGAAAAGUUAAUAGUGUGGUCAUCCCAAAAUCAAUGUUUUAUUAAUAGACUUAAUUUCUAUUAAUCACUUUAGUAAAAAAAAAGAAACUUUUGCGAUCAA